AUGAACAGUACUUCACCAUCGUCAUCAUCAUCAUCAUCAUCACAUCGCUAUAAUCGUAAAAAGCUUGCAUUAUCUAAUAGUGGUCGUACACGAUUUUCUCCGCCAGGAUCUUCACGUUCAAUAAAUAAUAUUAAUUAUCUUAAAUCUGGUCCAAAUCCAGUUGCUUUACAUAAUUUACUUAAAUUAAAUCAACUUGUUGAUACUUUAAAAUCAUUAAAACGUCUCAUAUCACAUUAUUUUAAUCAAAUAUCAAAACAAGGUGAAUCUAUAUUAGCUGGUGAUGUUCGUCGUGUAUAUCGUCGUAUAUUAUUACUUUAUGUUAAAUAUCGUCGACGACAAAAUUAUGAAAAACGUCGUAUGAAACAACCAAUUGAUGAAUCCGAUGAUGAUGAAGAUGACGAUAAUGAUAAUAAUAAUAAUAGUAAUAAUGAAACAAAUCAUAUAAAUAUUUCACCAACAUGGACAAUGAAAAAAAUAGUUAGUUCACAAAGUUUACCAUUUACACGUGCUGGUUUUGAUGCUGAUCAUGAUGGUAUUGAAGAUUUUGAUGAAAUAGCAUUAGCUGCAACACGUGAUGUUGCUAAUAUACAAAAUCAUUGUGUUCGAUUAAUUCUUAAUGAUUAUCAAAUGAAAUUACCGAUUUAUGGUUUACAAACACGAUGGGAUAGUGAAAUACCAAAACAACGAAAACAAAUGGAAUCAUCAAUAAAUUCAACUGUUAAUAAUCGAGUUGAAAUUAUUAAAAAGACAGGAAUCAAAUCAUCUAAUAUUUUACCAUUAACAUCUUCUUAUCCUACUUCUCUUUCUACACUUCCAGUAUCAACACCACCAACUACAAGUGAUCAAGAAUUAUUUUUAGGUUCACUUGCUCGUCAAUUAAAUGAACAAACAUGGCAACAACUUCGUUCAAUUUUAGCUAAUCUAAAUUCUCAAACGUCAUCAUCAUCAAUUAAUUCUCAAGAACAGUUUACAAAAUAA